AUGGCUAGACUUCUGAAGACGAACGCCAAAGCCCAAUUUGUGGAUAUCACCCAUGCAAAGCCAGCAGUGGCAACACAGUUUCUUGAAGAGGCAGAUUGGAACGUCGAUAAUGCAUUGAGAGAGUACUACAACCAGAAUCCCCCACAGGAUCCAAAGGUUGGGGCUAUUUUUGAUAAGUAUAGAAGCCCUGAAGAUAAAGACAUUAUCCUGAUUGACGGGACAUUGGAAUACUUGAGUGAUUUGGGGUUUGAUCCAGAGGAGCUCUUGAGUUUGACGCUUGCAUAUGUUUUAGAGAGUCCCCAGACGGGUGAGUUCCAUAGAGAUGCUUUUGUUCGUGUGUGGCUGACGCUAUCGAUAAACACUCUAGAAGGUAUGCGCCAGCACGUUGUGCAGAAGCAAAAGGCCAUGGAUUCUUCCGUGGAGGAGUUUGAGCCGUUCUACCAGUUCGUGUUUGAAUUUGUAAGGGGCUCAGAUACACGGAUCAAGGUCAUUGGCUUUGAAGAGUCUGUUAUUUAUUGGCAAAUGCUCUUGGAUACUCGUUUCCCUGCUUCUAAAGAAAGACUACAGCAAUGGUACGAGUUCAUCGAGGAGACUAAGAAAAGCAUCACAAGAGAUUCAUGGAACAUGUUCUUUAAGUUUCUCGUGCAAGUUGUGGAAAAAGACCCAUCAUCCCUUUCAGCAUACGACGAAGCAAGCGCAUGGCCUUCUGUGGUCGACGAGUACAUGGAAUGGCUCGAGGAGAAUGGAAAACUACAAACAUCUGAAGAUACGGCGAUGAUAAAUUAA